AUGGUGUAUGAAAAGAGCGUUUCUCUCCUCACGCUCAACACAUGGGGCCUCAAGUACGUUUCCAAACGCCGGAAAGAGCGGCUCCGGGCCAUAGCCGAGCGGCUUUCCCGAGGCGAAUACGACGUGGUGGCGCUCCAGGAAAUCUGGGUCGAGGAAGACUGGGCGUAUCUUGAAGAGGCGUGCCGCUCUGUGUACCCGUACCGGCGGCGCUUUCUGUCCGGCAUUCUUACAGGCCCCGGCUUGGCGCUUUUGCUGAAGCUCCCGGUGGAACGCACGUUUUUGUACCGGUUCCCCAUCAACGGGCGGCCCAGCGCCUUUUUCCGCGGCGACUGGUUUGUGGGCAAAAGCGUGGCCAUUACGCUUUUGCAUCCGAGAACCGGCGCGGCCAGUGCAGACGGCGCUGCAAAAACUCCAGCCGCCGCCCCGCUCGCCGUGCUCAACAGCCACAUGCACGCGCCCUACGCCCAGACCGGCGACGCUGCCUACGCUGCGCACCGCGCAUGCCAGGCGUGGGACUUGGCGCAGUUGGUGCGAACGCUCAAGCGCGCAGGCUAUGCGGUGGUCCAGGUGGGCGACUUGAACCUGAAGCCCGGGUCCUUGCCGCACAAGUUGUUUACCGCAGAGGCGGGGCUCAUGGACUCGUGGGAGGCCGUGCAUGGCGUCGUGCCGCCCGACGAGCUUGCAGCGUUGCCUGCGCCAGAGCAGAUUGUCCGUGGCGGCGUCACUUGCGACCUGCGCUUGAACACGUGGCGCUCGAUGCGGGCGCCGUGGGAAGCGUGCCGCUUGGACUACGCGUUGGUGGACGCCCACCGUGUCCGCCCUGUGCUGGCCGCGGUGCGCUUCACCGAGCCGUUGCCUCCUCCACUCUCGUGCUCUUGCCUGGACCACUUUGGCUACAGCUUUGAGUUUGUCCAACAGGCGCCGGCAAAUUUUGGCGCCGACGACGACGACCCGGCCUUAGUUGCCGCUCGCUUGGAGGCGUACCGCGAGCUUCUCGCAGAGAUCCGCAGAUACUUGACGUACACCAUUCCUUUCCAGGCGGGAUGGCGCCGUGCGCACUUUUUCGUGUCUGUGUUGCUUGUGGUGGUGAUCAAUGUGGGCAUAUCGUUUGCGUCGAAUGUGCGUGCGUGGGCGUCUGUGUUGCUCUCGGUGGCAAGCACGCUCAUUGGAAUCACCGGGGUGGUGAAUGGGAUGAUUUGGUUUUUCGCAGUUCGUUCGGAACUGCGUGCGUUGAAUGAGGUGCGUAUGGAGGUGGAAGAUGCCCAGGCGGCAUUGAAACAACGCCUGGCUUACAUGGAUAUCGAGAUAGAGGACCAGGGUCUUGGUCGGCAAGCGGCAGGUGUACCUUUCGAAGACUAA